AUGCAACUUUUCCUACAGUGCGAUAGGGCAGACGGUCUCUCCCUGUUUGACUUCACUUCUGGUGCCUCUCCUACCCUUGCUGCUGAUGCUGACGCCACUGUUCGCUCACAAUGGGCCAUGCGUGAUGGUGCUGCUCGCCUUGCUGUGCGCCGCCACUUACCCACCACUGAGCGUGCACAUUUUAGCCAGUACAAGAGUGCUCAGACCUUGUACGACGCCGUAGUUGCACGCUACUCUUCCCCUGCCACUUCUGCACUGAGCCGCCUCAUGCUACCGUACCUCUUCCCUGACCUUUCUGCCUUUCUCAAAAUCGCUGACCUCAUUACGCACCUCCGCACUAGUGACACUCGCUACCGCGCUGCGCUUCCGGCUGAUCGGUCGCCGCUGCGUCUGCCCCGAGCGGAAGACGCCGCACUGGCAAGGGCAAGGGAGGCAAGGGUGCCGGAGGGGGUGGAGGGGGCGGUGGAGGUGGUGGUGGAGGCAGUGGAGGGAGGGGGUGGUGGUGGGAGUGGUGGCAACGGCGGCAGCAAUGGAGGCGGCGGUGGCGAUGGUGGUGGCGGAGGGAGCGGAGGCAGCGGAGGUGGCGGAGGAGGCGGAGGUGGAGGAGGUUGUUAA